AUGCUCGCCCGUCUACUCCUCGCCACUCUCGCUGCCAUGGCCUUUGCGGCCCCCUCAGCCCCGCUGCCGCCCAACGACUACGUGGCCAAAUACUAUCCCGCCCCACUCCUCCCCAAGGGUGUGAGCUGCCACACGAAGCGCGUACCGUGCGCCAAGGACGCAUGCUACCGCUGCUGCGAUGAUGGGCUGCAUGGCUGCCCGGCACCAGGCUUCGCCUGCUACAAGGGUAUACAGGGAUACAUGUGUCACAGCAUCAAAGGGCCAAUCUACACGAUCCCGAAGCCCCCUAUCGACUGAUGGAGCGUGCAGUUUAUAGGGGCGAGAGUCGCUAGGGCGGACAACAAACAGGCG